AUGAAUCCAAUGUCUCGAGUCAAGUCACUUGACCACCUCGUCUUGACGGUCAGAGACAUCGGUUCGACCGUCAAAUUCUAUCAGGACAUUCUAGGGAUGGAACAUAGCUCGUUUGCUGAUCCCAAGGAUCCCAGCAUCACUCGGCAUGCACUCCAUUUUGGACGACAGAAGAUCAACCUGCACUUGAGCGGCAAAGAAUUCGAGCCUAAGGCUCAACAUGUCCAACCUGGGAGCGGGGACUUCUGUUUCCUGGUGGAAGACAGUGUGGAUCAGGUGUUAGAAAGGCUUCUAGAGAAAGGGAUCACAGUCCUUGAAGGCGGUCAGGUGGUAGCAAGGACUGGAGCCCAAGGUCAGCUACGGAGCGUCUACAUCCGCGACCCCGAUGGAAACCUGAUCGAGUAA